AUGAAUAAGACAGCAGUAUUACCGCAUAACAGCAUCGAUAAAAACAACAUCGAUGCUAUCGUUGAAACCGACACCAUGAAAUGGCCCAGCAUCAUCCAAAAUGAUGUAAAAACUCAAGCACCGCAAGCCUAUAUUUCAUCAUUUGGAACCACGAGAGCUACAGCAGGAUCAGCUGAACAAUUUCGCGCUAUUGAUUAUGGAAUCAAUUACGACGCGGCAAAACUGGCUAAAGAGAUUGACGUCAAGACGUGCAUUUUAAUUUCAACUAUUGGUGCUAAUGCCAAUUCACCAUUUCUCUAUUU